AUGCAGGAGCCUCUCCUCAGCCUUCUCUCCAGUAAUGGAGAAACACAUUCAAUAAGUAAACCAUUACUCAAGGAUCAAUAUGUCCUUGAUCUUGCUCCUCCAUCACUGUCUCAAUCAAAUUCACCUCUUAUCAUCAAUGAAGCGAGGAAACCUUCUUUUAUUAACCUCAUAGCCAACUUGAGCAUCAAGAAAGCGAAGAUUAUUCAUCGCUCUCGCUCUGCUCCAUCAGUAUUAUUCACCAACAUGGGAGUAGAUUUUCAUGAGCCAUCUGAUCAUGGACCUGCACAGAACUCAAUAAUAGUUAGGCUAUGUUUCAUUAUUGUUUUCUUGUAUGUGGCUAUUGGGGUUACAGUGUAUAUGAUUAGUGGAAGUUUCAAGGGUACUACCACAUUCAGGCCUGUUGAUGCUGUGUACUUUACAGUGGUAACUCUAUGCACUAUUGGAUAUGGAGAUAUUGUUCCUGAUACUAUAUUUACAAAGAUGUUUACAUGUGGUUUCAUUUUGGUUGGUUUUGGAUUAAUCGGUUUUAUGCUUAAUGAGUUAGUUGUACAUAUUUGUGAUACACAUGAGGCAUUCUUAUUGAGCAUGAUGGGUGGGGAUAAAUAUAAGAAAAUUUUGAGGACUUACAUGGUUGAUGAAAAGAAAGGAAGAAUGAGGAUAAGAACCAAAGUUUGUGUUGCUUUGGUUGUUGUUAUUGUCUGCAUUGCUAUUGGAACAGUUACAGCACACUUUGUAGAGAAUCUGAAUUGGGCUGACAGUUUUUAUCUCUCCAUUACUUCUGUUACAACGGUUGGUUAUGGAGAUUAUUCAUUCAGAACUUUAACUGGAAGAUGUUUCGCAAUUUUGUGGCUUUUAGUUAGCACAUUUUCAGUUUCAAGGGCGUUUAUAUACCUCACCGAUUACAGCAUGCAAAAGAGAAGCCGCAAAAUGGCAAAAAUGGUUCUUCAGAAGAAGAUAACCUUAUCAGAUUUAGCAGCUGCAGAUCUUGAUAAUGAUGGAUCUAUCAGUAAGUCUGACUUUGUCAUAUACAAGCUUAAGCAAAUGGGAAAGAUUACUGAGAUGGACAUUAUGCAGAUUAGCAAGCAAUUUGAUUCCUUGGACCAUGGCAUGUAUGGCAAGAUAGCUCUAGCUGACCUCAUGGAAACUGUCUAAUUCAACUACCUCUUCUAAAAGUGUAGACUAGUACUGCAAAAACCACCACUAUUCAGGACUAUGGCCAGCAACUAAAACCUGUGAUCCUAUCAUGAAGUCAUAAAGUCAACCUUAAUAUGGAUCAUCUUCUAUUCUUUUUUAAGUCAAAGGGAAGUAUCCUAUGUUGAAUCAAACUCCUCCCAUAUUUUUAUGAGGAUAUGUGACAUACCACUAAAGCCAGGCCUCUUCAAUUAAUCUCUUAAUCAGAUAUUGUAUGCUUAUUUUCAUGAUCUUGUAUUGGUAACAGCCUCUUGGAUGUUAUUAGUGCCGUGUCUGGAAGAACCACUCAUUUACUGUCAUCUUCCUAUGCACAUAAACAUGGAUGUUCAGUGAAUAGAAACACCAGCCUUCACUUCCACCGGUACUUGAAAACUGAAAAGGUGUCAUUUUAUUUGUAAUGCUGAUUCUAUUGGUGUGCUGAUGUGAUGUCAUACCUAAAUGUAAUAAGUAUACACCAAAUUUA